GCUUUACCGCAGUAUCACUAGAUUUCUGCACCACUCAUCAAAACUCUGCGGCAUGCAGACAAGAGCUUGGGGGGAGGGCACUCUACUAGGUCCGAGCUGAGCAGCGGGGUCGCUUCCUCCUUCUGUUACUGUCCGCUCUGCAGCAACCAGGCGGGCUGCAGCGGUGCGUCCAACUUUAUAUAUCCAUCUAAGUGUUUGAUUGCCUCUCUUCUUCAUCUUCUUCUUCUUCUUCUUCACAUUUCCACGGAGAGGCUUCGAGGGGUCCGAACUUGUAUGACAAAAUGGCAAAGGAUGGAGAAAAAGGCGAAUGGAAGGAAUUUAUAUGGAACCCGAGGACGAGGGAGUUUCUGGGCAGGACGGCGAGCAGCUGGGGUCUUAUUCUUCUCUUCUAUGUAGUUUUCUACAUCUUCCUGGCCGGCUUGUUUGCACUCACCAUGUAUGUCAUGCUGCAGACCUUGGAUGAUCACAAACCAACCUGGCAGGACCGGCUCUCCACACCAGGCAUGGUGAUUAGACCCAAAGCAGAUGAGACCUAUGAGAUUGUCUACAACAUCCACGACACUGAGAGCUGGGACAUGUACGCUCAGGCCCUGGACAAGUUCCUGGGACCCUACAACAACUCCGCGCAGGCCCAGAAAAAUGACGAGUGCGUCCCAGACAAGCACUUCCUGCAGGAGGACAGCGGCGAUGUCAAGAACAACCCCAAGCGCUCCUGUCAGUUCAAUCGCACCUUUCUGGAGGAUUGCUCUGGCAUCAAUGACCGUUACUAUGGAUACCAUGAUGGCAAGCCAUGCAUCAUCAUCAAGCUGAAUCGGGUGAUUGGGAUGCUGCCUGGAACAAAUGGACAAGCUCCGUUUGUCACCUGUGGUGCAAAGAGAGAAGACACUGAAAAAAUUGGAGAAUUGAUGUACUUCCCUCCAAAUGGCACUUUCAACCUCAUGUACUACCCUUACUAUGGCAAGAAAGCUCAGGUGAACUACUCUCAGCCUUUGGUUGCCGUCAAGUUCCUUAACAUCACUACCAAUCAGGAUGUCAACAUCGAGUGCAAGAUCAACGCCAACAACAUUCCCCUCGGAAACGAGAGGGACAAGUUUGCCGGACGAGUGUCCUUCAAGCUGAGGAUCAACACCAACACCAACUAGGUUGACCCUCUCCCCUCCCCUGAAAACUCCAUUCUCCGCAACAUCGCGCGCACACAGAAACAAAUCUCAGUAUUCACACCCUUUGUUUGAUUUGUUUACAACCCCUCCGGAUUUUUGGGGGAAAACGUUAGUCUAGCCGUGUGACGAGACGAGGCGAGAAACAAAAGGGUGCUGAUCCUGUCUUUAUUUCUGUCUGUGAGCUUUGGGACAAGUUAUUUUCUGUAAAUUAGUUUGAGGUGACGUCUAUUUAUACUGCAUGAUGACAAACUAGGGGAUGUAAAAGGAUGUGAACAUGUGUUUUCAGAGAUCGCAAAGGAUCAGCAACAUUACCACGUUAUUGCUGCUCUCCCUCCUGCUGCCUCCUUAUAGAGAAUCCCUCUAUAUAUGAAUAUACACGAGUUACAAUACAAGAUGUGUAUAUCUACAGUAUUUAUAUGGUAUCAUAACCUUAUAUCAGUACGUCUAUUUUGUUGCACUUAAAAGAAUAAUCCAACUGACUCGCAUAUAUCUUUGAUGGAUGGAUGCAGAGAUGAAGCCAUUUUGCAUGUGUUUUAUUGUCUUUAGUGUGCUCUGAGGGCGCAGGAGGCCCCUCGCGUCCCACCUCUCAGCUAAGUGUGAAAUAAGGUUAUGUCAAACCGCUGACCACCAGGAGGGAUCACACUGUAAUCUACUGUACCUCACGCACAGCAAGUGUGUGUGUGUGUGUAUGUGUGUGUGUGUGUGUGUCGACAACAACAAUCAAUCUCCGAAGUGAUGGUAGAGGUCAAAACCUUUAAGAGCGUGUGUGCGUUUGUGUGUGCGCGCUUGUGUGUGUGUGUGCUUGUGUGUGUUCCAUUCACAGAUUCCAUUUUCAUACUGUAGGUCGGGAAAUUGCAUGCAAAGUGCAAUAUUCAUUAAGUGGCGUACUUUAUGAAUGCUUGAGUCCAGUCUUCAGAUCGGAAGACGUUAUUUAAACAAUUAUUAUUUAGGAUCGUUUGAUAUUCAGGCUGGCUUGUUUGACCUCGAAGCAGCUUAUCAGACAGAUGGGCUUCAUAUUUGGGACGUCAAACGAAUGAAACGUGAUUAUUUUUAGUGCCCUCCGAGCCAUUCAGUCAGUGACUUUAUAGCUUCCAGGCUCCCAAACAAGCGUCUGAAUAUCAAAUGAAAAACAGCAGAAGUGAUCCUCGUGCUGCGCAGUUACACCCUCCAUCACUGUGUCCGUCACCCUUGUUCCAAAAAACCAACAGCCAUGUUCCCGUGUUUCGAUUUGUAAGUAAUUUAAACUGAAAUAUUUAGAGGUUGGUUUUUAUCGCGUGUAUUGCAUCUAUUUCAUGUAUCAGAAAUAGAUGCCAUUGUCAUAUUUUGUAUUGAUUUGCACUGGAAGUGUGCUUUUUUCCCCCCUCUUUUUGUUUGUUUUGGUGAAUACUGUACAUUUUUGGGAGAAAAGGAUGUAGAACACUAGUUGUUUUUUUUCCUUUGUUUCAUUCGAACCUAUUAUCAUCCUCUUUAAUAUUCAUCCAGGGUAUCAAAAUGUAUAUUUUACAUAUUAUUUCAAAGGUUAAUAGAGUUUUUUAGAAUGUGAGUUGUUUAGGGUUUUGUUUUAUAGGCCUGUAGGAAACGAACAGAACUGGAGAUUUGCGUCCUAGAGCACAUAAGUAAAUAAAAGAAAUAAUAACUUUCUCAUUAUUGUUGUAGUGUUCUCCACUGAAUCUGUCUGAAGGUAAAGUCACCGCAAUAACCAGACAACCAGUCUGAUGAACACACCUCUUUGAAACAAUCAUACAUUAGGUCUCAACUUGGUGCUGGAGCCAUUUUACUUCACAAAACUGUGCGAAACACUUGCAGACGUAGGCAGAGUCACACUCUUUUAAAACUCAGGCACGGUUUUCUUGGCACCUCUACGGAAAUUGUACCAAUUGCGACUGCGAUGUGGAACACCAGCAUCUGUUCGCUCACGUUUAAGACCUGGCUCGUUUCAGCCGCAUAGUUUCUCUACGUGGGUGUGCUCGCAGAUAACUCACACUGGUCUUAAUAGGAUAUCUGAGCCAGAAAGAAGGAAAGACAAUUGGGUUUAAUGUGAUUAUCUGAUCCCUAUCAGAGAGGUUAUUCAUUAUGAAGGAUGUGCUCCAACAGCCUCUUUACUUUUUUUCCACUUUUUUUUUUGAGACAGCCCACUGACAGUUCACAUGCGUUUCUCCUCUGGCCAUUCCUGCAACAGUUACUUAAUUUCGCUGUAAUCUCUUAAUCUGGUUGGCUAAUCCAGAGCAGGCACGCUCAACUUCUUUACCCUACUUUGUCGCUCCUCCUCCUCCUCCUUGUGUCACACGCCUGAUUUCCUGUCAGCGUGCUCAAAAUGGAUAAAGCGAGCUGCAUCCAUUUCUCUUUUUUUCUUCCUUAAUCGCCAUCAAAUCAAUCGAAGCCCAUUUUAAAUCUCAGCACAGCUCAAUGAAAGAUGUGUUGCUCCAUCUCACAAUUGGACGUUCUUGUUUUACUCAUGUGCAUGUGAAAGCGCAGUCCUUCAACCAAAGAUCUUCAUGACAGUUUUAUUUGUCUGUGCUGCACUGGAACAUCCUCAGCAGUGAGGAUCUCAUACGAAAAGCACCCCCCACCCUGCGUUAUUAAAAGGCCUGCUCUUAUAUAAGAAUAAUACGCACAAAAGGGAACAUGUUUCACUACAACAUGACAGUGCCUCCUGGUGGACAGACAGUGUUGUUCCCCCAGUGUCACAGAAUGUUUUUUCCUAUCUUCUCCAUUUAUCUGUUGGGUCGUUUUUUUUGUUUGUUUGUUUUUUUUUUGUCCUCCUCCCCUUUCUCUGAUAAUUUGGAGAUGUCCUCAAAAAGCAAUAUAUUUAUUUCUUCUGUGGCUGUAUGAUGUAUUUACUGGAGAGGCUGUGUGGAAAUCAGUGCAACGUGUAUCACCGAGGAUGAAGAAAGAAAGGAAAGUACAGAUAUUGCUCUCAGGCAGUUUAUGCUGGUGUGCAUUAUCAUGAUGCAAGAGUAUAAAGAGUAGUGUUUUCUUUCGUUUUGUUUAUAAAAGAGUAUUUUUAUCGCUAUUUUGUUGUAAAGAGGAAAGAAUGUAUAAGCUUGGAUUGUAUCAGGGAGAUAUCUGACGGGUUUUUAUCACUUGAAUUCAAUGAAUGACAAAAUGUUAACAGCUUGAUUGGAGAUAUUUUUUUUGUUCAUUUUUUUUUUUAAUGUCAAAACUUUUUUUUUUGUCAUCGUUUGAGUCCUUUUUGCUUUUCCAAAGUCAAGGCUUGCAGUGAAAGUUCUCUGAAGGUCUACUGUAUACUGAGGCGCUUUCAGAGAACUUUCCAGUGCAGAACUUUUUUCGGAAACUUUUCAGAAUCAAUACUUCAGCAGCUCCCAAAGCAAAUGUCAGAGAGAGUCAAUUAUUCAUGUUGUAAUAAUAAGGGAUAUUUUAACCCCCACCUAACCCCCCCUCGUCUUAAAUCGUACUAUUGCCUAAGACCGUGGUGCAAGGAUAGCUGAAGAAUGAAACUCGAGAAAUUUGUUGGGAUGACUCUCGCCCCCAAAGGAUGAUAAUUCUGUUCUGGAUCUUUAUUUUAUGCUCUUACUGUAUGUAUAUUUUUGCUCAUGUUUACUGCAAACCAAGAUAGAGAAAUAAAUAAAUGUCAUUUAAGGGAA